UGGCAUUACAUGCUCGCGAGCAGUGAUUUUUUCGGGCAAAUAAAAUUUUUCGUGCAUCUGACGAGAAGACCAUUUUUUAAUGCAGAUCAUAGGAUGCAGUUAUGGCCAUUGGCAAACUUCGGAAGUCCAUUUGGCUUACGUAACGUAAAUAAUUUUAAUUCGAGCAUGUUCGUGUAAAGUAGAAAAAUAAGCUCUGAAAAUUAUACACAUAACAUCGUCGUUCAGUGCUAAAAAGCGCCUUGUAAGUGAAACUAAAAGUUUGCAAAAGUUGGCUCGAUCAUGAGCGCGCGUGUUUGUUUGUGAUACACCAGUUGCAGCGAGAUCGAGGAAAAGCAUCGGGACAGCUACGAUGUUGUUGAUGAAGAGCACGAUUGGCCGGAUCGGCGAUGACUUGCGUCAGAAAAAGCUCAUACCGCUCAAACUCUUGUUUUUUUUCAAUUCAGCCUCGAUGACGAUUUUUUAUCCGUACAUGACUCUACACAUGCGAGAGUUGGGAAUCAACCUCGAGGAGAUAGCUGUGAUGAAUGGAUUGACCCCGCUAUCGACGAUCAUCCUACCACCGAUCGCUGGCCUGAUCGCCGAUCGGAUCGGCAACUUCAAAAUCCUGCUGUCGAGCAUUUCUGCUUUUGCUGGCGCGGCGUCGUUGCUGCUGUUGCUCGUGCCAGUUGGCCGAGUCACUAUGCAGCACCCGGACAGCGUCGUUCUCAACGUCAACUGUUCGCACGAGCUGAUUCUGGGCAUGAAUCAGGUCCAAUCGUGUGACUCGAAACGCGACGUCAGGUCCAAUUUUACGCUCCAGAGUUGUGGGUACUCGUGCCCGAUGUACCAUUACAACGACAGCGAAAUUCAAGCAGCUUCCAUGUCGAGCAAUUACGUGCUCAGCGUUUGGGACUCGGAUAAUUCGACCAAUUUCUCUUACGAAUUCAAUAUCCUCGAUGAGCAUAUGUCAAAAAGCGGCAAGCUGCUCGGCGACGUGCGAGAGCACAAGCAGAUGAGAAACGAGGAAUUUUUCAAAAGCACCAUUCGAAGAUUGACCAAACAUACUCUUUACUUUCCUUCCGACAAAUCCGAGCUUUUCGUUUUCAAGUGCAAAAAUACGACCGAUUGUUCAUAUCAGUCUCAGGUAGAAACUCAAGACUCGGCUCGGCUGAUUCAGGAGCUUAAUCUGAGAUUACUCGGUGGCUCGUCUUACGACAGGAAGGAGCUUUAUCAACGCUACGUGCUCAAUGCGAGCUCUUCGUCGUCCGCUACCUGCGCAGCCGACCAAGAGAUAUUGGCCAGCGUUCAAAUAAAUUUAGAGGCCAAUCGGUCACUGACGAGUCAAAAUUGCGCUCGAACUUGCAUCCUCACGGCGCCUAGGCGGGAUUUUUGCAAGAAUUUAGAAGUUACGAUCGAAUUCAAUCCAAGUUUGACUUUCUGGUCGUAUCUGUCGAUAAAAAUUAUCAUACGUAUCCUCGGAGGCUUGUCGUUCGCCAUGUUCAAAGGGGCCGUCAUGGCCAUCAUACGAGAGGAGAAGGCCGACUACGGCCUGCAGCGGGUCUACGGCAGCAUAGGGGGUGUCAUAAUGGCCCCGCUCUCGGGCCUGCUCAUCGACUACGCCAGUGACGGCAAAGGAUACACCGAUUUCCGGCCCGCCAUCUGCCUGUACGCGGCCUGCAGAACUACCAUGUCCGCGGUGAAGCUCCUGCUGAAUCUGGAAUUCAAAGCACCGGCCAAAAACGUCAUCAAGGACGUGUCCGCAGUUUUGAAAAAUCCGGAACUCGUCGUUCUACUGAUCGUCUGUUUGAUCAAGGGGGCGACGUUCGGUUCGAUCGAGUCCUACCUGUUCUGGCUGCUGCAGGACUUGGGCGCUCCUCGCUCCCUCAUGGGUAUGGGCAUAACCGUGGGUGGCGUCGUCGGCAUCCCCUUGCUCAUCAUGUCCGGCCCGAUAAUCGACAAAAUCGGCCACCCCAACGUUAUCGUUAUCGGCCUCAUUUUCUACGCUGUUCGACUCAUCGGAUACUCCAUGAUCUACAAUCCAUGGUACAGUCUGAUUUUCGAGGUGUUUGAGUCGGUCACGGUUUCGGUGAGCUUCACAGCUGCGGUUGUGUACAUCGCUCUUUUGUCAACAGCCUCGACCGAGAGCUCCGUCCAGGGCAUACUUGGGGCCCUUUACUUCGGCAUCGGCAAGAGCAUAGGAAAUUUUGUGGGUGGUCUGUUGAUCGACGCCAUUGGCAUCCGUCCGACUUUUCAGAUAUUUGCCGCUGUCACACUUCUCACGGCUGUUUUGUAUUUUCUGUACUUCUUACUCUUUCUGUCGGGCAAAUUUAAGAAAGCUCGAUCGAACAAAGAUGUUGGCGAAACUGUAACGGAGAUUCGAGCGGUCGAAAACGGCAUUAAAGGAUUGAAAUGCGACGUCUCGAAUAAUCACACGAAUCUCAACGAUCUUAAUGUGCGCGAGGAUGCUAACGAGAGAAACGAUGUAAUUAAAAUGUCAAGAAUAGAAAAACGUGACUGA